ACAGUUAUUCGAACAGGUGGUGGCAAAGUAUGGGAAGAUCCAACACUGCUAGAGUGGGAUCCCUCUCACUUCCGACUGUAUGUCGGCAACUUGGGUGGUGAAGUCACGGAUGAAGUCUUGAAGCGUGCCUUUAGCGCAUACGCUUCCUUACAAAAGGCAAAAGUCGUUCGAGACAAGCGCACCACCAAGUCCAGAGAGUUUGGCUUUGUGUCCUUUAGUGAACCAGACGAUAUGCUGAAUGCAUGGCGAGACUUGAAUGGCAAGUAUAUCGGCUCACAUCCCGUCACACUGACCAAGGCCAAUGUGGAAAUCAAAGCGACCGUGGUGGACAAGCAGACCCUCAAAAAGCAGCAAGCCGAAUCGCAAUUUGCACAGAACCUCGUCAAGCAUGGGCGCGUGGGAAAGAAG